AUGGAUGCACAUAUGAUUAAAGAAUGUAUGCCUACAACUGAAGUUGAUUUAAAAGAUGAAUUGAAGAAACAAGAAAGUUAUCUUCAUGAUUUAAAGAUUCAGAUGGCAGAGUUGAAUGGUAAAUUAAAAAGUGAUGAAAAGAAAAGAAGAGAAAAUGAAAUUAAAGAUGUACAAGGAAAUAUAGAAGCUAUAAAUAAACGAUUAAAAAUGUUAUCUAGAAAAAAUAGUUCGGAAAAUAAUAAAAUAAUAGAUGAUCAAAAAAAUUCAUUAAAUAAAGAAAUAAAUAAUUCAUUGUAUUUAAGUAAAUGUGAUAAUGAAAGUUUAAUUGUACUAGAAGAAAAAUAUUUAAUUGAAAUGAAUACUAAAUUUAAAAAUGAUUUAGCAGAAGAGAAAGAAAAAAUUGCUAAACUUAUUGUGGAUCUUAAUAAUAAACUUCAAAAACUACAAAUUUAUGGCAUUUUGUCAUCAAAUAUUAAAUUAUUGACUGAUGAAGAAAAAGAAUACUGGAAAAAUGAAUGUGAAAAAGAAAAUGAAAAAAGGAGAACAUUAUUGGCGGAUAUUCAUAGUUUACGUGAUGAAUGUGCAAUGUUACGGGCAUCUAUUGAACAUUGCAAUUUAGUUUCUAAAAAUUAUUUGCAAACACAAAUUUAA